UUAUCUCCUGUGUCUGAGCUUGCUGAUCUUUUUCUGCAACAAGGUGAUAUCCAUGCAACCCUCUAUACUGGCUCGAAAGCUAUGCACAGCCAAAUUCUCAACAUCUUCAGCGAAGAAUCAGGAGCGUUUAAACAGUUUUCUGCUGCACAGAAGAACAUGAAAAUUACGCUACAGAGAAGAUAUAAAAAUGCUAUGGUUGAUAGUUCACGGCAAAAGCAGCUGGAGAUGUUUCUGGGAAUGAGGCUUUUCAAGCAUCUUCCAUCAAUUCCUGUCCAGCCUUUACAUGUACUUUCUCGACCAUCUGGUUUCUUUCUGAAACCGGUACCUAGCAUGUCCGAAAGUUCUAAUGAUGGGUCCAGUCUGCUGAGUAUCAAGAGGAAGGACGUAACUUGGCUAUGUCCACAAGCUGCAGAUAUUGUUGAAUUAUUUAUCUAUCUCAGUGAGCCUUGCCAUGUAUGUCAACUUCUAUUGACCAUCUCACACGGUGCGGAUGAUUUGACAAGUCCAUCCACUGUGGACGUGAGAACUGGACGCCACAUAGAGGACCUUAAAUUAGUUGUUGAGGGUGCUUCGAUACCACGCUGCGCGAAUGGGACAAAUCUUCUGAUAUCCUUACCAGGGCCAAUUAGUUCUGAGGAUAUGGCUGUUACUGGAGCUGGUGCACGUCUUCAUGAAAAAGAUACGUCAAGUCUUUCACUGCUGUAUGAUUUUGAAGAACUAGAAGGACAGUUGGAUUUCUUAACCCGUGUAGUUGCGGUUACAUUUUAUCCGGCUGGUUCUGUUAGAAUUCCUAUGACCCUUGGUCAGAUAGAAGUCCUUGGAAUUUCUCUUCCAUGGAUAGGAAUGUUUACUUGCGAACGUACUGGAGGAAGAUUAGCCGAACUUGCAAGGAAACCAGAUGAGGAUGAGAUUCCUUUUUCACCUUCUUCUGACUUGAAUCCGUUUGCAGCAAAAUCUUCACAGACUGAAACUGUCUCCACACCCGUACAUCAGAAAGAUCCUUUUCCCGGUAAUCUGCUUGACCUUUUAACAGGAGAGGACUCGUCUUCUGACCCCUUCCCACAACCAGUGGUGGACUCUGUUGCAAGUGGAGACAAUGACAUGCUUGAUUUCUUAGACCAAGCAGUGGUUGAAUAUCGCGGCUCUGAAACUGUUCCUGGUGGAUCUGUCCCACAAGAUAAAAGGCCCAAGGAAAGUGGUGUUCAUCUGUACAUAAAUUGUCUAAAGUCUCUUGGAGGUCCAAACAUGGGGAAGAAGCUUGAGUUUGUAGAAGCUAUGAAGCUGGAAAUUGAACGUCUACGUCUCAAUAUAUCAGCAGCAGAAAGAGAUAGGGCACUGUUAUCUAUUGGAAUUGAUCCGGCUACCAUUAAUCCAAACUCUUCAUACGACGAGUUAUAUAUUGGAAGAUUAUGCAGAAUAGCAAAUGCACUUGCAGUUAUGGGCCAGGCUUCUCUUGAAGAUAAAAUCAUAGCUUCUAUUGGUCUAGGGAAGCUAGAAAAUAAUGUGAUAGAUUUCUGGAACAUAUCCGGAAUUGGUGAGGGUUGUGAUGGUGGAAUGUGUCAAGUCCGAGCCGAGGUCAGUAAAAGUCCAGUUGGGUUUUCUACCAAGAGUUCAGGAGGAGAGUCAGGCUCAGUGUUCUUAUGUUUCCAAUGNUAUUGUUUGGAGGAGAUCAUGUAG